AUGGCGGGUCCAUGGUGGAGGCAGUGUCGGAGCUGGACUACAAUCUGUACCGGCUCGAGUUUAUUUGACACCUUGUGGUAUUUUAACGGCAGGUGUGUGUCCGUCUCCGCGUCCUCUUUGGGGCGGGCAUCCUGGAGCUCCGGGCCGCGCAACGAGAGGCGGCCAUCGGCACUACCAACUAAGAUAAAUACGAAAACUUUAAACUUUACAUCAUCUCUCACCAGACACAAGUUCCGGUUGCUGGAUCCCACACUACAGUCUUGCUGCUGCAGAAAGAUACACAGUGAUGCAAAGCUGAUGGACCCCUUCACAUUAGCCAAUAAAGAUUUACAAAGUUUAUUCGAUGACAUCAGAAAGGAACUUUUCGUAUCCAAAGAUGAGCUGAAGUCUCUAUGUGACUACUACUUUGAUGGCAAAGGCAAAGCAAUCCGACCAAUUAUAGUGAUCCUGAUGGCCCGGGCACUCAACAUCCACAGCAACAGAGCCGGAGAUUUGCUUCCAGGACAGAGGGCCUUAGCUAUGAUCUCAGAAAUGAUCCACACUGCCAGCCUGGUGCACGAUGACGUCAUAGACGGAUCGGAUAAACGGAGGGGAAAGAGAACAAUCAAUGACAUGUGGGGCGAAAGAAAGGCUAUCUUGGCCGGAGAUUUAAUCCUCUCAGCUGCCUCCGUGCUCUUGGCUCGUAUCGGUAACAACGCAGUGGUAAAAGUGAUGUCCCAGGUGAUAGAGGACCUAGUGCGAGGUGAGUUCAUGCAGCUGGGCUCUAAAGAGAACGAGAACGAGAGGUUCAAACACUACCUCGAGAAAACCUUCAAGAAGACAGCGAGUCUCAUUGCAAACAGUUGUAAAGCAGUAUCCAUUCUGGUGAAUUCUGAUCCUGAGGUUCAUGAAAUAGCCUACCAGUACGGGAAGAAUGUUGGCAUCGCAUUUCAGUUGGUGGACGAUGUCUUGGACUUUACAUCAGGAGCCAGUCAUCUGGGGAAGCCCACAGCUGCAGAUCUUAAACUGGGCUUAGCCACCGGACCGGUCCUGUUUGCUUGUCAACAGUUUCCUGAGCUCCACGCAAUGAUCAUGAGACGUUUCAGCUCUAAAGGAGACGUAGAUCGAGCCUGGCAGUACGUCCUUCAGAGCGAUGGCGUUCAACAGACCAACUACCUGGCCCAGCGGUAUUGUCAAGAAGCCAUCAGGCAGAUCAGCAGGCUGAGGCCGUCGGCAGAGAGAGACGCCCUCAUCAGGCUUACUGAGAUGGUCCUCACCAGAGACAAGUGAAUGUUCUCUGCCGGGAUUCACUUCAGGCAGCUACUGUACCUGUGGGGAAAGCAGCUCACAGUCUGCACUGUCUGCACAGGCCAGGGUCAAACAAUAACAGUGAGAGAAGCGAUGGAGUUUGGUUCCGAAGGACCCCCGGUGCUGAUUUUAGUACCAACACUCGAUGAAUAUGGCAGCAAUUGUCUGAACACUAAUCAAAACAGCACACAGGGGUCUCUCUGAACUGAUAUGUUUCAUGGCUCUCUCAACCACUCCCAAAAAUACACGAGGCCGAAUUAUUUAAUAAUACAAUGUAUAAAUACAUACUUCUUUUUUAAGCGCAAAUCUUCUGAUUCAGUAUCAACGGUGACGGUUUUGUAAAACAAACAAAUUAAUGGAUGGCACUGAAAGCUACAUGCCAACUCUUCAAUAUACAGUACUGUAAAGGCAACAACCUCCCAGGCCUCGAACUAGCCGACUGACAGUUUGUUACAUGCUAGUGCUGAGCUGUGGCGGUGUUGCAAAAUCUCUGUGAUUCCAAACACAAUGGAAGUGAGACUGUCAUUGGUGUGCUUGUUUGGAUCUGUGUUAUCGUCUUUUGAGAUCCGUCCACACCCCCAGAGGUCAAAAAGUCAUGUCUUUUUGACCUGUGAACGUUUACCGACCUUUAACAACUAAGGCCUUAACAUCUGCAAUGACUGUAUACUCAAUAAACCUACUAUUAUGUUUUUUAUUUAAACCAA